AUGACGAGGAGGAUGGAGGGCGCUCCGAAGAGUAACGGUGAGGGAGACUCCUCGGCCGACGAAGAGCAAUUAGCUAACCGCAGACGCAUUGAGGUCAUAUUUUCUCAGCAAACCUUGUCGUCGGACGAUGAGAACGAUGACACACCUAUACUCGAAGAUUUGAUGGAUGUUUUGAAACGAAAGUUUGAAACCGAAAAUAGCAACACCUCUACGCACAAUGAUCUCCGAACAACGUUGAAUGCACGGAAGUCCCGGCGUAUCUCACCAGGUGACCCCGAUCCCAAAGAACGAUCAAACGGCGACCUUCGAGAUAAACUCAACGCAGGAGCAUGCGAUCUUCGAAUCCGCCUCAAUCGUUCGAAGCCCAUUGACCUCCGAAGGCGUUUGGAGCAAACUAAGAUGUCAAGCAACGACACGUCGUCACCAAAAAAUGACAGCAGUGUACCAACCGAUUUACGCGCCUACUUAGACUCCAAGCAGGAUUACCGUCGACAGGUCGUGACUUUGCAGAGGUGGCCGACUAGGCCGCCAAAUCACCCUCCGAUAACUUUUUCGCCGGAUGAUGCUGAGGGGGUUCACGUACCCCACAACGACCCUCUUCUUGUAGUCCUUGGAAUUGGGGAGUACGACGUCACCAAGGUCCUCUUCGAUACAGGAAGCUCCGUCGACCUCAUCUUCCGAGGAACUCUACAGAAGAUGGGAGUCGAUCUCGACGACAUAAAACCAACCUCCAGAACAUUAACCGGCUUCAACAGAUCCUCUGAAACAAUACUGGGAACAAUCCGCCUUUCAGUAUGCGCAUGUGGAGUCACUCGGACUGUCAAGUUUACCGUUGUAAGCACGGAGGCCCCUUACCACGCUAUACUUGGAACCCCCUGGAUACACUCAAUGCAGGCCAUUCCAUCUACUUAUCACCAGUGUGUCAAGCUCCCCGGUACGGACGGAAAAAUCAAAACACUGCGAGGAGAUCAAAAAGCCGCUAGGGAACUCCUAGUCGCCACAGUUAAACUCCAACGAUCGUCUUUAUCGGUUAACUACGUUUCUCCUCCAACCUAUAAAGCCUGCUACCAGGAAGGCGAAGUUCUCGAGUUACCUAUUUACGAUACCGAUCCAAGCCAGACCGCAAGGAUUGGGGCGCAUCUGUCUGAAGAUAUGCAGCGGUCAGUUCUCAACUUUCUCAAGGCGAAUAAGCGACGCAAGCUCAGUCCCGAUAGGUCAACGGCUGUAAACGAAGAGGUCGACCGGUUGCCCGGUGCUGGCUCAAUUGCUGAGGUCCGCUACCCUGAGUGGUUCGCGAAUCCAGUUGUCAUCAAAAAGAAGAACGGGAAGUGGCGCGUCUGCGUCGACUUCACAGACUUAAAUAAAGCCAGCCCAAAGGACAGCUAUCCUCUUCCCAACAUCGACCGUUUAGUCGAGUCCACGGCUGGAAACGAGAUGCUCACCUUCAUGGACGCUUUAUCUGGGUACAACCAAAUCAUGAUGCACCCCGACGAUCACGAAAAAACGACAUUUAUCACGGAUAGAGGAACCUACUGCUAUAAGGAUGAGAAAUGCGAGGAGGCAUUUACUCAACUCAAGCAUUAUCUGACAACACCACCUGUUCUCGCCAAGCCAGAUAUCAGCGACGUUCUAUCUCUUUACGUCGCAGUGUCACAAGCAGCAGUCAGCAGCGUUCUAAUAAAAGAGGACCGUGGUGAGCAAAAGCCAAUCUUCUAUACAAGCAGGCGUAUGACCGGACCAGAAACGCGAUACCUAACUCUAGAGAAGAUGGCACUGGUGGUCGUCGAAGCGGCGAGAAAGCUUCGCCCUUACUUUCAGUCACAUUCGGUGGGAGUAUUAACCGACCAGCCCCUCCGAACAAUACUUCAAAAUACAAACAGGUCUGGAAGACUAACGAAGUGGGCUAUCGAACUCUGUGAGCUUGAUAUCACUUACAAGAACAGAACCGCAGCAAAAUCUCAGGUUCUUGCAGACUUCGUAAUCGAAUUGGCCCCGGAGUUGGAGCAAGAUGUCACACUCCCAAACCCAAACUGGACACUGCAUGUCGACGGAUCUUCGACUAACAGGGGCGCAGGUGCCUGA